AUGGCUUCGAGACUGGCAGCAUGUGAAGCUUGCAGAAAAGCAAAGGUCGCCUGUGAUCAUAAGCGACCAGCAUGUACUCGAUGUGCAAGUAACGAUAGAGCUGCAAUUUGCAUUUACCGAACGACCCCGUUCAAGAGAAGAAGAGUGGAGAGCUCUACACCUCUGCAGUCUCCUACUCGGCUACCUCCGGCCCAGCCAUCGUUCGCUCCAAGGAAUAGUCCCUAUCCUAACCCCGGCUUUCUGGGAUCCUCCAGCCAUGUCGCUAUUUUCAACGAAAUUUCCCCGCAAGACUAUCAUGCAUCUGAUACCUACAAUCCUUCCGAGGACAUGACUAUGCUGAUGCAGUCGCAGUCUACUGGCGAGAAUAUCUUGUUAAUCCAAGGUGCGGAUGUCCUCAGACAGCUGUUAAACACAUUUCCUCUAGCCGCCAUGAAGGAUUUUGUUACUUUUUGGCUUGCAACGGGGGCAAAUCUAGCUCUGGCAGAGCCUUUUACUGAGAAAUGUACCGAAAACAUGACGCGCCUAUUCACUUCCUUCUCACAGGAAGAAAACUGGCAUUUGGCAUAUGCCCAACGUCUAACACAAAAUUCCCGGGAACCUUUGCAGUUUAGCAGCACAUCCGAUAUGGAGACUUUCUCUGCCCAGUUCCUCGACCAGAAAUUCCGAUGGGAAAGUCUAGGUAUCUUCCUCUCUGCUGUUAGUCGAGCAGCGAUUGAUAUAUCAUUUUUCCCGCCAUUGUUCAAAACCGAAAAGGAUCAGUUCGUGCUUCGGAAGCUAUCUACAAAACUUAGUGAUCUUGCGUUGGAUAUUGCGCUCUCGCUGGACUGCUUAAACGACCUGCAGCUGGUCCUACAGUAUGAGAACUUUAUUGUACACACCCAUGUUGAUGGGGACCAAAGCUAUCAUUCAUGGAGUAGACUUGGGGAUGUUGUGUCGUCCAUGUUUGCACUUGGCUACCAUGAGAAUGUCGAAAAGACAAAGCCAUCAAUUCCGAAUUUUCUUGUGGAAUUACGAAAGACAGCUUGGGCCACGACAUACUCAGCCGAUAAAAAUGUGGCUAUAUUCCUUGGUCGACCACCUCGGAUGAGCAAGCGGUUCUGUCACUUUCAAGUACCUUUGACUCCGACAAGCUCGGAUGAGGUUUCGAACACUUCACACGUUGAGGACGACGUUGUCAGAUGGAAAACAGAUACACCGAUUUGUUAUAGGUCAAGUAUUCGGUGGGCGACACUCUGCUCCGCACUGAAGGAAGAUAUUCUCGAAUUGCUUCGAUGUAAGCAGCACGAGAAUUUCAAUCAGAAAGCUAGCCUCAUCGGGCAAAAAGCUGAAACUCAAUGGGCACACCUACCCCCUCGCUUCCGACUUUCGGGUACAUUGAAAGAAUGUUCUGGGGAUGCAUUCGAACGCGACUUUCUAGCUAGCAUACGCCUCGACCAACUACAUGUUCUCUUUCUACUUCAAUUGGCGUUUCUCGAUACGCUGACUGAGCCUGAUCCAUCUAUACUCGAUAUCUCGGAUCAAAUGCUCUCUCUUGUAGUAGACACAAUUCUUCUACGAGAUCAACUGGUCAACUCUGGAACGGGACUCGUUUGGAAGAUCGCCCACUUCGGCCUCCCGGCUGCAGGGAUUAUACUCCUUUCAAUGCUGAAACAACACCGCACACUAACCGAAGGAAGAUCUUCAUGGUCCAAAACAAUACUGAAUCUCGGUAUCUUUGUUGCGCAGGUCCAGGUAGGGAGCAUCGUUCGGCGUGGAGAUCCGAACUACGCCUUAAUAUCCAAAGCGACACAGACGAUUGAGCGAUUCCUUGAUUCUAUACACCGUGAAGCGAUACAAUCCCCGACACAACCGCCUUCACAUCCAGGAGAGAAUGGUGACUGGGCUGCAUUUUUCAGCCAGGAUCUGUGUGAUUUCGAGACUGACUUUUGGGAGAACCUUGCAUAUCAUCCUUCUUUGUUGGCUUCGGACCCUAGUUUGCCUCAAAUGUAG